GAGCUCUUUGAAAGCUUAAGUUUUAUGUUUUUGUACUUUUUGUUUUUGAAGAGAUUAAUUAUUUGAUCAAGAGCGCGUUUUUAAAAAGACUUUCUGUGAAUUUAUUUAUUUUGGACACGCAGAUCUUUCAUUUUCUGGCGUUUUCUCUGACUUUCCCGCAUGAGGUUGUGAGUUUGUGAGUUUAAGAUGUGACCAUGUUCUCGACACACCGGCUGGGUCUGCUUUUGCUCGGAACCGUCUUCAUCAUCCACAUGGUUUCUGGCAGGUUUCCUCGCUGCCAGUUCUACUGGGAGAUGGAGAGAUUUGGGAGAGAGUGUCAGACACAGCUUCAGCGUCCGACGCUGACCAGAUCAGGAUGUCGUGGCGAGUGGGACAACUUCUCAUGCUGGCAGAGCGCAGCAGUCGGCGAGGUGAUGACCCUCGCCUGCCCCGCCCCGCUCCUGCACUUGUUUGGAAAGAAUGGUAAUCUGAGCAGGAACUGCACAGAGGACGGCUGGUCAGCGGUGUAUCCGAGCAUCACCAUCGCCUGCUGGUCAAACAGCACAGGCGAUCCCAAAGAGCUGGUCUUUUACGAGGUGGUGAAGAUACUGUCGGCUCUGGGCCACAGUCUGUCUCUUGUUGCUCUGCUCACCAGCGCUGCCAUCAUCUGUUUGUUCAGGAGGCUCCGCUGUACGAGGAACUACAUCCAUCUCAACUUGUUUGUGUCGUUCAUGCUGCGAGCUGUGGCCGUGAUGACCAAAGACGCUGUGCUCUUCUCUGACGGCGAGGACAUCGAUUGCAGCACGCAGCCAUCACUGGUGGGCUGUAGGACCACUCUGGUGUUUCUGAACUACUUUAUCAUGGCAAACUUCUUCUGGCUUCUUGUGGAAGGAAUCUACCUGCACACGUUGCUGCUCAUCAUCCACACCUACUCCACCCGACUCUCCGUGUACAUGGUCAUUGGCUGGGGAAUCCCCUUUGUUUUUGUAGUAGUGUGGAUCAUAUGCAGGAUACAGUUGGAGAACACACGGUGCUGGGAACUGAAUGAGAACCCUAUCCCCAACGGAGUGAUCAACUGGCCCAUAUUGGCAUCUGUGAUUAUCAACUUCAUUUUGUUCAUCAGCAUCAUCCGUAUCCUGGUGCAGAAGUUGCGCUGCACUGAUGUUGGCGGGAACGAGCAGUCACAGUACAGGCGUCUGGCUAAAUCCACGCUGCUGCUCAUCCCUCUGUUUGGGGUGAACUAUGUUGUGUUCGCCUACCUGCAGGAAUCAUCUAACGAGAAUAUGAAUAAUGUCAAGAUCAUUUUUGACCUCGGCCUCGGGUCAUUUCAGGGUCUCAUUGUAGCCGUCCUUUACUGUUUCCUCAACAGUGAGGUCCAGUGUGAGUUGAGGAGGGCGUGGAGGAGAUUAUCACUCAGGCAUUACGUGGAGCAGGACUGCAAGUUGAACGCCAUGUCAGCCAGCCGAAACGGAGCUGAAAACUCCGCCCCUUUCCCACGGAACUCACGCACCCCUUCCAUCCUACAAACCGAAACCACUGUGCUCUGACCACAAGACCGGAGGCAGAGCACAGAGGUGCUUUUGUUUUGUUUUGUUUUGUUUUUUUAAGAAAAACUGAAAACUGAUACUGAUGUACAGUAGCAGUUUGAAUCACCGUUCAAAGACUCUUUUCUAGACUUGGUUCAUGUCGUGGUCCUGUGGCUUGCAGAGGUUUCCGAGGUGAAUGCCAUCUUCAGCAGUCUGUACAGUGUGAGCCUUCUGAACUCUAACUGUAUGCGCGCAAAGUGCCGUCUGCUGCAGACUGAGUUUUUAUAUCAAUUGGAUUUUGUUUUGUUUGACUAAAUAUUGGUGCCCUAUCUUGAUGAAUUGUCAUGCACCAACAAGUUCAGUUCCACUUUGCUGUUUAGACAGUGUACAAUCUGAAGAUAAAGUAAAGUGCAGGGCACAAAGGGCUUGCAUUUAGGCACUUUAUUAGUCAUGGGUGUGUUUUGGUAGUAACGCCGAAAUACACCAAUCAGAUUGUUCUGUCAUCCCCUUUAAGAGCUGGGUGUUUUGCUAUACAGGUGGUGAGUUAGCAGAUCUGUGUGCUGUGCAUCACAACACACCAUCAGAAAUCAGUCACCAAAGCUGCCUGAGGUGAAGCAGUGAGGUGAUGUUUUUAGUGUUUACUUUUAUUAUUUUUUACAUUGUUGUAUCUGUUUCUGUUUCAAUGGACUGCAUUUAUAUAGCACUUUUCCAUCUGAAUCAGAAGCUCAAAGCACUUUGCUAUGAUGCCACACAUUCACUCAGACACACUCACACACUGAUGUCAGGGUGCUGCCAUGCAAGGUGCUGUGUAUACAAACGCAGUGUACAUGUGUCAUGUACCUACCAAGCGCAAUGGUGCCAAUGCUCAUUCCCAGAUUCCACAGCAUAAAAUGGAUGAGUAUAUACAACUCCCCUAGAGGGGACAUCAGUCCAAAUCAAAAUCAAAUCAAUUUUAUUUAUAUAGCGCCAAAUCACAACAAACAGUUGCCCCAAGGCGC